CUUCAUCCUCAUCUCAACUCCACCUUACAUAAAAAAAUAUUAUAAUUAAAACCUUCAGAGCAAGUUUACCCUCAACUUUGCCCUACCGCUCCAAAGCAUCUUUCCUCAAGCCGACUUUAGUUAUUGAGCAUCCUAGUACUCCCAUCAAAAUGCAGUUCGCCGCGAUCCGAAUGCAUUCAGUUUCGAUCUUAGUGCUCAUCAUUGUGACCUUGGCAUGGACUUCAAAAGCUCGUCAAUUACGCCCGGCGACCAUAGAAGCCAACCGACGGCUCCCGAACAGACUUUGGAGACGAAGGGUGCACAUCCACAACACCGAAUCCUUCGUCAGUCGAGACAGUACCCAAGUCGACAUUAGCGCCGAGGUCGAAAACAGCUACGAGAAGGAAAGUCGUCGAGUGCAGGACUUAACUGAGAGCCGUGACCCUUCCGCAUUCCAACCAAGCUUUGCACGGGCCAUCCCUAUCGCCUAACGCGCGCUCACAUACAAGAUCGUCUACCCUUCUUUUCCACCUUUGCUUCAAUUGCAUUGGCUUCACCACCCUGUAAGAUUAGAAAAAAGAAAAACAUCAAUGGCUCAAGUAUCUGCAACUCCGAUUCUAUCCUACUCUCAUUUUAUCUUUAUGUAUUUACUGAGACUGGGCUCAGCAUUCUAUAAAGCACAUUAGUUGGUUGGAUAUUAAUGCAACUGGUCAUCGUCAUC